UCCGAGUCGGCAGCAGGAUGUUUUAGUGUCGCGCAUGUAACGGAAGAAACCGAAUAAAGAGCGUGGAAGGAAUGAGAGACUGAGAAGAAGAUAGAGGAAGAAUAAGAAGGUUGCAGUCAUUUCUUCUUCUUGAGAGCUGACGGAGAGCCGGCAUCAGCGGGCAGGAAGAAAAUAUCUAUAAAUAUGGAUCGUCACGAUAAAGAAAUUAUCCCCGGAGACAUUUUGCCCGUAGUGAUCAUCGGUAAGAAAACACACGCACAGUUGAUUUUAUGCAGCAAGAAAAGAACCUUUUUAAAGGAGAAAGCCGGUAGAUGUGUAGAGAACUAUGACACAGCACAACUCCCCUUUUUCCUACCUUCUCCCAAGCACCCGAACGCACCAAAAAAACAACCGUUCACUCUCUCAGCAGCAUUACAAGGUAACGGCCCGUCGGGGAUCUGUCUGUCAUACCUGCUGUCGGGUUACACGCCGUACCUGUCGCCCGAGGCGUCUCGCACCAACCCGCUGCUGAACAGCAAGCUGAGGGAGCAGCCUCACCUGUCGCUGCUGGAGCAGGAUCUGGAGUACCUGUGCGAGGGUCUGGAGGGCCGCUCGUCCAAUCCCGUGGCCGUGCUCUUCGACUCGCUGCUGCUCCCCGACAGCGACUUCGGGCUGGACCACACGUCUCCGCUGGCGUGGCGGUACGAGCCGGAGAGGGCCGUACCGCACCUGGUGCUGGGAAAGGGUCCGCCUGGAGGGGCGUGGCAUGCUAUGGAGGGCUCCAUGCUAACCCUCAGUCUGGCUAACUGGAUGGAGCUUCCUGGACUCAAACUGAAGGACUGGAUGAGAGAGAAACGCAGAAAUGUCCGUAAUGACCGCGCCACACCAGCAGAGAUAGCCUCGUACUACCAACACUACGUUUCCCAGAUGUCCCUCGAGCAGAACUUUGCCUGCGGCACCACCGUCACCUCGGUCACCAGACAGCCCGGCGGUGACCGGGAGGGGGCGCCGUCGCCCUGCUGGAGAGUGACGGGACUGCAGCGCAGAGAGGGGGAGGAGCUAGGAGAUGGCUCCGCUGUGUCGGAGGAGGUGCCUUUCUCCAUGUUGGCCCACAACGUGGUUCUGGCGACGGGCACCCACGACAUCCCGGCCCGGCUCGGCGUGGAGGGCGAGUCGCUGCCGUACGUCUGUCACUCCUUCUGGGAGCUAGAGGCGGCCAUCUCCCGCGGCGAGCUCGACAAAUCGUCGGACCCCGUGCUGGUGGUGGGGGCGGGGCUUACGGCGGCAGACGCGGUGCUAGCCGCCCACCACCUGAACACGCCGGUGUACCACGCCUUCAGACGCUCGGUCAACGACCCCGGACUCAUCUUCAACCAGCUGCCCAAGCUGCUCUACCCAGAGUACCACAAGAUUCACCAGAUGAUGACUCAGCAGCAGUAUCAGCCGGACCCUCUGCCACAGGACCACGCCCAGAACCUCCAAGACCCCUCUAGCUCUUCCUCCCUCCCUCCUCUCUCCUCUUCCACCACCUCUUCAUCUCCUUCCUCCUACCCGGGUUACCUGAGCUUCCCGCGCUACAGGGUCGCCGCGUUCCGACCCGACCGGAAGUGCGUCCUGGAGUCUGACUCCGGCCAGCGGACCGUGGUCCAGAUCUCCAAGGCGCUGGUUCUGAUCGGCGCCCACCCGAACCUCUCCUUCCUGGGUGACGACAACGGGCGCACGCUCGGCGUCUACCCCGAGGAGCCGAUCACGUGCCGGAGGAACCCGAUCGAGGUGGACCCGUUCACCAACAAGGUGGUGGCGGCGGACGGGCCGGGCAUGUACGCCAUGGGGCCGCUGGUCGGCGAGAACUUUGUCAGGUUCCUGAAAGGCGGAGCGCUGGCGAUCGCGAGCGACCUCGCCAAGUCUCUGAGGGAGGGGGGCGGGGGGGAUCUGACCGCGGACGGGUUCGUGGACAGAAAGGAGGUCUGCGGUCUGGAUUCGUAGCAGGAAGAGAAGCUAAAGACUCUGAGCACAAAGUAGGGAAACGAAAAAUGCUGCUACGUUGGCUGUGCUACGUACGACGGUUGUGAGAAAGUGACGGUGCGUUUGGGGUCCUCCCCGUUAAAAGGAUAAAGCUUGAAAAAAAAGAAAAGAUGUUCACCACCUGGAAGUCGCUCUGGAAGGCUGUGAAUUCAGCAAUACUGGAUUUUUAGAGGCUUGUACCAAUAACUGCAUUUGAAUAAUCAAAACUCUGUACAAUAUAUAUCUAUAUCAAUCUUUACAUAACGUUUUUGGAUGAUGAUGAUUCCUUAAAUCUGGUUAUGAAAGAAUCAUGUGCUUUUUUUUUAAAGGGACAAAACUACUUUCAGUGCCAUCUGGUGGUCAAACGCUGUACUGCAGACUCUCUCUCGCUCUUUCAUAAUGACCUCAGAUCUGCUGCAACAUUUGGCGUCCAUGUGCCAAUGUGUCUUUUUAACAUUUAUUUAUAUCCAUAUUGUGUCACACAAUAGCUGCUCGACAUGUCCGGGCUCAUAACACCAAACAUACGAGUGUAGAACCUGUAAAUAUGUACAUUUCGUUUUAAACCUCACGAGGUGAUGAGGACGGACGGACGGACGGACGGAUGGACGGGAGGAGAUGUGGGCAUGAGGAAGAGACUAUUCAAAGUAGAAAUCCUUUUUCAGUAAUUCUGGUCUGUUUGCUUCCUGGUUAACCAAUCGGCAUCACACUCGACCAAAACAGCCUCUUUUUAUUUAUUUAUUUUUAUUUAAUGAAUAAUAUACGAUGAGGAUGAUUUCACACGUUUCUGUGGUGAAACGUCGGAUUCUUGCGACACUACUGUGACAGUUUUCCACAAAACAAACUCCUGCUCGUUUCUGUUGCAUCAUUCCCCGUGUGUGUCUUUGUAUAUUAUGGGUUUUAUGUGUGUGUGUAUAUAUAUUUGGUGCUUUAUUUUUCUAUGUAAUGAGUUUUAAGCCACUGUACCGACCGGAUAUCUUUGUGGAUCUGACGAUUAUGAAAAGCUUUUGUACUUCGCAGAAACUGAAGAGAAGCGUCUAUAUCUGUAUCUGAUUCCUCGUUGGUGGAAUGAUGGACAGCGGAUUCCAGCGGCGGUUUUUAAACGAUGUUCUUUCUCUUGAAUCUUCCACACGUGUGACUUUUUAUUAUAACAGAGGAGAUCCUCUUCUGUGCUUCUGGUUUCAAUCAAAUCAUGUUGAUUUCAACGAUAUAAAACCAUUUUCUCAGCUUAGUUUACAUUCUUUUUUUCUUCUGCUACUUUCAUGAUGUACUUUUUAAAGUAUUUUCACCACAAACUUUAAAGUUGUGGUUUUGUUUAACCACGAUGAGACGAGUUGAUGCGUUCAGGAACAACAGUUUGACGGUAAUUCAUCAAUUAAUUCGGUUAAAUUUUAGUCACAAUUCAAAUGUUUAGUGUAAUUCAUCUUUAGAUUGUAAACCUAUUGCAGCAUCAGACAAUAGUUCACUUCUUUCAUCUGAUUUAUCUUUCAUCUUCAAUAUUAUGCUUUAAAAUAUGUAUAUUUAGCGCAGCUGUUUAUGAAUGUUACGGUUUGACGACUAAACCGUCACAUUGCAGAU